AUGAACGCUUUCCUUCUAGAGCGGUAUCGCACCCUAGAAGCGCUAGCGGAAGUGUCAGCCAGCACGAGCGCUCCGACGGUUCCACGGGCCUCACGCAAGGAGGCCCCCGUCGCCAAGCAGGUCAACUCCUUUGAGAGUCGGGUGACUUCAAAAAUCCAGUCCUGCAAGUUGUGUUCCCGGGAGAAUCACCCGAUUCGCUUGUGCCCUCGUUUCCUCCAGAUGGGUAUCAAUGAUAGGGUCAAUUAUAUAAAGCAACAGAAGCUGUGUCUAAAUUGUUUCGUACGAGGCCAUAUCCUGGCCGAGUGCACAAGUGCGCACAGCUGCUUUACUUGCAAGGGUCGUCAUCAUACACUCUUGCAUCGAGUGAACCCGGCGCCGACAGUCACAACCCCCAUUCCAUCUCCAGUACAGUCCACUUCCACCCAGUCAGCUAACGUCCAGUCAUUCGUGGCAGUUAACACACAAGGUGUUCUGCUCAGCACAGUUGUCAUUCACGUAUGCCAUCUCGGCGUCCGCUAUACAGCUCGGGCUCUGAUUGACUCCGGAUCAGAAGCCACCUUCCUCUCAGAGAAGUUGUUCAAGCGCUUGAGGAUGCCGUAUACAUCCGUGCAAGCCCGCGUUUCUGGGCUGACGCAAGCUGUGGCAGCCCAGCCCCGAAAGUUUUGCCAAUUCUUAAUUGGCUCCCCGGUCAGACCCGAUUUGCAGAUCGAGGCGUCGGCGUACGUCCUCCCCCAGUUAGCGGGGAAUCUGCCCUCAUGCUCCGUCCCACAAACACUCCUCGAGAAUCUGCCCAGCAUCCAGCUGGCAGACCCCAAAUUCCAUGAGAGUUCGCAGAUUGAUGUGCUACUAGGCGCUGACAUCCUCCCGUCCAUUCUGCUGGGCGGCUCUCACCCUAACAUUUGUGGGACCCUCCUCGGUCAAGAGACCAUUUUCGGUUGGAUCCUGACUGGCCCUGUGUCGGGAUCCAUUUCAAAGGCCAUUUCGUCCUUUUCGGCUCGACUGUCCGUCGAGCGAACUCCGCCAUUGGAGGAACUCCUCUCCAAAUUUUGGGAGGUGGAGGACCUGCCGGCUAGCCCAGCAAAAGAAUCUGACCUUUUUUGUGAGGCUAACUUCAACGCCACGACCGUGCGAACCUCAACGGGUCGCUACAUGGUCACGCUCCCAUUCCGCGAUCCUGGUCAUGUUGACCUGGGUCACUCGAGGGCUACCGCUCUCGCUCAGUUCCUGAGAAACGAGAGCCGUUUAAAGAGGAACGACUGUCUGAAGGAACAAUAUGACUCCGUUAUUCGAGAGUAUCUGGAUUUGGGUCACAUGACUCAAGUCCCUCCAUCCAGUUCCGGCAACUACUAUUUGCCGCAUCACGCUGUUCUCAAGCCCGACAGCACCACCACAAAGCUUCGCGUUGUAUUCAACGCCUCCAGCCCGACUUCAAACGGGAAGAGUCUGAACGACAUCCUCCACACUGGGCCAAUCCUUCAAUCCGACCUGACCAUUCAAAUCCUGAAAUGGAGGUUUUUCCAAUUUGUCUUCAACGCUGACAUCACCAAGAUGUAUCGGCAAAUCCUUUUGGAUCCCAAACACACCCGGUUUCAAAGGUUGCUCUUCCGUACUCCAGACGAGAAGUUAUGCGACUUUGAGCUCAACACAGUCACCUUUGGAGCGAACUCUAGUGACAUCAUCGCCAAUUAUAUGUACGUCGAUGACGUCCUAGCAGGAGCUCACACUAAGCAGGCUGCGGUGUCUGCUAUAGAUGAGCUUCGAACAGCGCUCGAGAGUGCUGGGUUCCCUUUGCGUAAGUGGACCUCGAACUCGAAAGAUGUGCUGAGAAGAAUCCCUAAGGAUCACUUGCUCUGUGAAGACUUCCUCAAGAUCGACGAAUCGUCGCAAAGACGCUAG